GUGCUCAGACAGCGUUGUGUUUCUUUCAAGUGCCAAACAAAACACAUCUCCACCCGUCGUUGUGUGUGAGUAGUAUUUUGCUUUUCUCUGCGCUAUUUCUUAGUUAAGAAACAAUCUUUUUGGUUGGAUUUCGUGAUGUAUCGCUCGGGUGGAACAUGGUUAAAGAAAUCUAUGAAUGACGAUCUGGAUAAUGUGAUUUUCGAUUUUCGUGAACGGCUCAAGGUCAAGAAAGAGGCGCCACAACAACAGAGUAGAGACGACGAUUCAAAGAAUCAAGAUAUAAGCGACAAACCUUUACAAACUUUACUUUGCCCAACUUGUGAUCCAUUUAGAACUUCAGAGUCUUAUGAAAGGGUAAUGGAACUUUUACAGCAAGGGAACUUGAUUAAAGAAGCAGUCCGACUUAUCACGAAUGCAAGACGAGGUAAACAAUUAAAACGACUGUCUCCCAGCAGAUGACCAGUGCUACUUGGGGAAUUUCACUAAUUUGGUUUAAUGUUAGCUGUGAAUUACUCUGUUUGACAGUGAUCAUAGAACAAUUUGACGACUAUCGUAGAACAUUUACGAUGUUACGAUUUACUUGUAAACACAUUGGACGACGUGAGUUCCUGUAUCAUGAUAUCCUGAUCGAUCGACGACGUGCGUACCGAAGGAUUGAACCUCAAAGAGACAUGCAAAUGAUAAAAAUAUAUAUUUAUAUWUUAGGACAUACAGAAAAGUUUUGUUUUUAAUGAUGAAUGACGCCUUGUUUUUAGAAAAGAUCGUUGCUUCCCGCUGUUCAACAUGACGUCAUAUUGUUUACGUGCAUGUGUGAAGAUGAAAAAGACAUUCAUUGUUGACUGGUGAUUGAUACAUUCUGAUCAUACAUCAUGUAACAAAGUUUUUUUUAAUAAAAAAAUAUAAUAUUUGCACUACAACUGAGUAUUGAAUUUCCUUACAAGUUCGGCUAAAAAGAUAAACAUUGUGUAAUCUUGAGAAGUUAUCCUUAUUCUAAUAAUAACAUUGUGUCAGGGAAAAAUUUAAACUACUGAACUGGAACAGAAAUUCGCAAGCUGAUUUUUUAAUUGUUUGUUUAUUUUCGAAUAUUUUUUUCAUUACUAAGUGAUAUUGUAUUGUAUAGUGUAGUCUCAAUGUACCUCAAUCUAUUGUUCUCAAAACAAUCACUUUCAUCAAAGAUAGAUUUUUACUAGCAAAAUCAUUUGUAUACAGUAAUUGUGAAUGGGAGAAUUCACUCUGAUUCACUCAUCAUUUUUUGCAAAAAUUAUAAACCAUCAACCGGAAGUAUUCGAGGAAAUACGGUAAAAAAGACUGGGCGCUAGUGCUACUUGGAACGCCUAUCAAUUUUAGUUUCUUGUACUCAUAGAGCUGCAUGUAGGAUCGGUGUGUUGAAAGAUGAAUUUGGAAUAUACUAGGAUUCUUCCAAAGCUGAUUGUGUUUGACUUAGAUUACACUCUUUGGCCACUAUGGGUCGAUACCCAUGUCAAACUUCCUAUAAAGAAGACAAAAGAUGGAACUGUUGUUGAUACAUUUGGAUACGAAAUAAAUCUGAUAUCAAUUUUAAAAUGGCUUGAAAGAAAAGAUGUUAAACUGGCUGUUGCAUCAAGAACCACUGAGCCAGCGGUUGCAUACGAGUUGAUUAAAAUCUUUGAAAUUGAAGAUUUUUUUCAUUACAAGGAAAUAUAUCCUGGUUGUAAAGUCAAGCAUUUUAAGAAAUUUGCAGAAAGUAGUAAUAUACCCUUUAAAGAAAUGCUUUUCUUUGAUGAUGAAGAAAGAAACAUUUGGGACAUCAAUCAGUUAGGAGUUACAUGUCUUCAUGUUCCUGAUGGUAUUUCAAUGGCAUCAUUUCAAGAUGGACUAGAAAUUUACUCAGAUAAAUUUGAUAAUAAAUAGGCACCACAAACUGUUAGAAUCAGGGCCAUAGUCACAAAGUUUUACCUUUUCAAUGUAUCACUAUUAUACUGUAGAUGUAGUCAACCACACAUGGUACUUUCAAAAUAGUGUGCAAAAGUGGGACAAAUGUCAGGAUGCUUUCUAAAUUAAUCAGAGUUGUUUUCACUGACUUUAAAUGAAAGUUUAUUAUUAUUACUAGACCUUUAAAUCUCAAAUAUUUUUUUACUCUGGUUCUCCUAGGCUGACAUUUGCUUCCAUAGAGAGUUGCACAUGCAUCCUGAGUUCCCUCUGGCUGAGAAGGAUUUGAGAGAGUACAUCACAAAAGGGAGAAAAUCCAGUCUUCCAAAAGACGCAAUUAAUUAGMUCACUGCAUCAAAAGGGUCUUAAUUCUUUUACCCCCUUUUGUGCUGUCCCUUCUCAUUUAUGUACGAAUGAGAACUUGGAACUAAAUUAAUGGUAUAUGGGAAAAAGUGACAUGAAAUGAUGAGUUUGAAUUUUUUUUUUAUAGAGCCAUCAAAUUGUUUCCUGUUUGUCAGCUCUAGGGGUGGGUGAAAUUUAGAUUUAAUAGAAUGGAAUGACUCCCUUUUUCUUUCAAACACCCCAAAUAAUUUUUUAACAAUAUUUGCUGAUAUACUAACUGUGGUUAAAAAGUUUUCAUCCAUGAGUUCAAUGUUAUGCACAGUUCUUUUCCAAAAAAGCCAAAAUGUGAAUAAUUUAAAUAAUAUGGAAUAUAGCAGUAGAAUAGUUUGAGACAAUACAUACAACUUUUAUAGCUUGAGGAAAUUAUAUAUUAUAUUGUAGAUGCUGUCAUGUAAAAAUCAAAAAUGUCACAAAAUAAUGUAGCCUUUUUAGGGUCAAAACCGAAACAAGAAUUAAACUUGUUAUCCUUUC